UCCACCUCAAACACUAUAAAUAUAUAUAAGUAGCAGUUGCAGUUGGUCGCACUAAUUCGGUGGCUUUUCUUAUUAUAAAUUUCAUUUUAAUAUGGCGAAAAUUUUUGAGUUCUUCAGCGUGGUGAUAGCCAUUUUGGCUAUAACCAAUGCUGCAUCGGUGGAUUUAACAGCAUGUGAGACUACAACAGCGCCUCCGUGUUCUACGACUCCUCCACAAACAACUCCUUGUAUAACAACAACAACAAUCCCUCCAGUAAUAACCACGUUACCGCAAACCACAACAACUACUACGACUUCAACUACAACAACAACCACAACUACUCCAAGCACGACAACGACCACUACUCCAAGGACAACCACUACAACAACUACACCGUGCACAACAACUUCCACUACUUCAAGCACAACAACUACUACUACUCCAAAGACAACAACAACCAUAACUACAACUACUCCAACCACGACAACGACCACUACUCCAAGCACAACCACCAUAACAACUACAACGUGCACAACAACUACCUCUACUGCAAAGACAACAACAACCACAACUACCACUACUCCAACGACAACAACAACUACUACUCCAAAGACAACAACAACCACAACUGCUCCAAGCACCACAACGACCACUACUACAAGCACAACCACGACCGCAACUACAACGUGCACAGCAACUCCGAGUACUCCAAGCACAACUACUCCAAUUACGAUAACAACCACUACACCAAAGACAACAACAACGACUACUCUAACGACAACAGGCACUACUGCAAGCACAACCACCAGAACAACUACACCAUGUACAACAACUACAACUACUCUAACGACAACAACCACAACUACUCCAAAGACAACAACAACAACUACUCCAAGGACAACAACAGCCACAACUACUCCAAGCACCACGACCACCAUUACUCCAAGUACAACUACUCCAAUUACAACAACAACCACUACUCCAAGGACAACAACAACGACUACUCCAACGACAACAACGACUACACCGUGUACAACAACGACUACUACUCUAACGACAACAACAACAACUACUCCAAAGACAACAACAACCACAACUACUCCAAGCACCACAACGACCACUACUCCAAGGACGACAACUACUCCAAGUACAACUACAACGUGCACAACAACUACCAGUACUCCAAGCACAACUACUCCAAUUACAACAACAACCACUACACCAAGGACAACAACAACGACUACUCUAACGACAACAACCACUACUGUAAGCAAAACCACCACAACAACUACUCCGUGUACAACAACGGCUACUACUCUAACGACAACAACAACAACUACUCCAAGCACCACGACCACCACUACUCCAAGCACAACUACAACGUGCACAACAACUACCAGUAUUCCAAGCACAACUACUCCAAAUACAACAGCAACCACUACUCCAAGGACAACAACAACGACUACUCCAACGACAACAACGACUACUCCAAGCAUAACCACCACAACAACUACAACGUGUACAACAAGGACUACUACCCUAACGACAACAACAACAACUACUCCAAGGACAACAACAACCACAAAUACUCCAAGCACCACAACGACCACUACUCCAAGGACGACAACUACUCCAAGUACAACUACAACGUGCACAACAACUACCAGUACUCCAAGCACAACUACUCCAAUUAUAACAACAACCACUACACCAAGGACAACAACAACGACUACUCUAACGACAACAACCACUACUGUAAGCAAAACCACCACAACAACUACUCCGUGUACCACAACUACCACUACUCCAACGACAACAACAACCACAACGUGCACAACAACUACUUCUGCUCCAACGACAACAACAACAACAACCACCACACCAAGGAUAACAACAACUGCUACCCCAAGCACAACCACCACAACAACUACUACACCGUGCACAGAACAACAAACGACUCCUCCACCAACAACACCUUGUAUAACAACUCCAGCAACAACACCAUGCCCAAACUCAUUGUCAGUUACUUCUAACAGUAAACCAAUGUCUUCCCCACAGGGUAUGGUAUCGAACAUGGAUAACUAUUUGGAGAACAUUUGCUUAGAUAAGAGGAACGGCUUUUUGUUGCCUUCGUUGAGAAAUUGCAAUGAUUACUACGUCUGCCGCAAUGGAGUUGCUGUCGAACUCAGCUGUGCUAAACUCCAUUUCAAUCCAUUGAAGGGAGUCUGUGAUCGACCUGAAUAUGCUGGUUGUCUCCUUGCUUAAAAUUUUCAAGCAGAGUAAUUAUUGACAGGGAAAUUUGCGAUUAAAAACCCUCAUUAUACAUACACAC